UUAAUGUAUUUAAAAUCUUUUAUGGAAGAUUUUUUGUUUGACAUUAGCAUUUUUUGAAAAUAUUUCAUUUUAUUUCUACAACAAAAUUUUCAGUGCAUCUAAUUUUAUUCACAAAUUUCGGAAAAAUGCAUUUUUGUACUUUCUUACUUAUAGCUUGCUGUUUUUGGACUUUAAGCCGGGCUGCCCAUUGGAGUUACCCGUCAGAAGAGAAUUCUUUUCUGAAAUGGGGCGGUCUGUGCGAUAAGGGCAGCAGGCAAAGCCCCAUUAAUCUGUCUCUCAGGGAGGCUAGGAAUGUUAGCGGCGGCCGUCUGCAACUAAGGAAUUACUACGAGCCCCAGAGGACCCUAAUAAUGGUCAACAAUGGGCAUACAAUUUCACUUUCUGGCUUUGACCAAGGGCUGACCCUUUCCGGUGGCUUCCUAAAGAACCCGUAUGUGUUAGAGCAGCUCCACUUACACUGGGGUUCGGAGCACACUCUCAACGGCAUUCGCUAUCCGCUGGAAGGGCACUUUGUUCACCGAAACACCUUAUACCCGAAUUUAAAGACAGCUAUGAACUAUAAGGAUGGAAUCGCCGUGAUUGGAGUGCUCUACCACGAGUCCUCCGAAAAAAAUUAUGCAUUUGACUCAAUUAUCAGGAACCUGGGCGAUGUGCAGCCCUAUAAAAUGUUAGACCAACCCGUACCGCUAGUGGGAUCCUUAUUGUUGGCUUUUCUAAUACCCAGCAUGUCGAACUACUAUACCUACGCCGGCUCCCUGACCACACCGAGCUGUGCCGAGUCCGUCACCUGGAUCGUGCCGACGGAGACAUAUCCGGUGAAGUUGGGUCAGGUGAAUAUGUUCAGGCAGAUCGAAUACGAGAAGGAAAAGAAGCUGAGCAACAACUACCGGGAGUUGCAGAGUAAGGGGGACCGAGAUGUGCUCCUGGUCUCGAGGGCGUCCGGACCAGCGAGACUCACUGUUCCCGUUUUCUUGAUCCUGCCGUUUGUUUUGGCGAAUUGGAAAUUUCGUAGCAAUGAUAACAUUUUUAUAGGGCGAAUGCUCGAAAUCAAAUUUCUGUAACCCGGGCAACUUGUUUACAACGAUUGCAGA